CAGAAUUUGAUUCAAACUCAUCGAAACAAUUUUGAAAUCAACUUUUAAUUCAACAAAACAAUCCCCAAACAAAACUCAACGAAAAUGAAAGCCAUCUUUGCUUUGAUGUUUUUCGCCGUCUUGGCUUUAGCUGCUGCCCAAUACGGUGGUUAUGGUCGUGGUUAUGGCGGUUAUGGCGGUGGAUAUGGCGGAUAUGGUCGUGGUAUUGGUUAUGCUGCUCCAAUCUACGGUGGUUAUGGCCGAGGCUAUGGUGGUUAUGGUGCCGGAUAUGGUGGCUUAGGAUAUGGUCGAGGCUAUGGUGGUUAUGGCGCCGGAUAUGGUGGCUUAGGAUAUGGUCGAGGUUAUGGUGGUUAUGGCCGAGGUUAUGGUUAUUAUGGUUAAACCAAAAAUCAUUUAUAUUUGAAUUUUCUGAAAUCCAUUCUUGUCCAUAAUUAUAUAUUUGCCAU